AUGGAGCCUGAACCGGAAAAUUUCAUCGGGCUACCCCCCUUCCCCUCGGACGUUCCAACCGCACCCCUUCUUCGCCUGUCCCUCUCGAAGCUCCUAACCGAAGAUGAAACGGAAAUCAAACGACUGAUGGAAGCAUCUGAGAAAAUAGGUUUCUUCUACUUGGACUUGCAAGAGCCGAGCUGUGGGAAUGGUCUCCUAAAUGAUGCGGACAGGCUGUUUCAGACAGGCAAGGAUCUGUUCUCUCUCGACCUCGAGGAGAAACAGAAGUACGAUUUUAGCAGUCAGAACUCCUACUUUGGGUAUAAGUCACAAGGUGCAGCGGUUGUAGACCGUCAAGGGAAUCUGGACCGUAAUGAGUUCUACAAUGUCUCGAAGGACGAUAUUCUAGGCGUGAUGGAUCCGCUUCCUGCUCCAGACAUUCUGCUUCAGAGGCGUGGCUUAUUGGAGUCGUUCAUGAGAUCCUCCCACUCGAUAGUCACCCUCAUCCUUAAUCUCCUCAACACCGAUUUGGACCUUCCAAACUCCACGCUAGCGAAUAUACACCGUUUGACCGCACAUAGUGGUGACCAAGUCCGGUUUAUCAAGGCACCACCGCAGCCUGUAAAUGAUCGCCGCACAGCCAUGGGUGAACACACUGAUUUUGGCAGCGUGACUAUUCUCUUUAACCGUAUUGGAGGACUACAAGUGCUCCCACCGGGCGAAGGCGCAGAAUGGGUGUAUGUGCGGCCGUUGCCCGGACACGCCAUCGUCAAUCUGGGAGAUGCGAUGGUGAAGUUCACAAAUGGACUCUUACGCUCAAAUAUCCACCGUGUGGUAUCUCCACCUGGAGACCAAGCCGAUUCGACGCGCUAUAGUCUUGUCUAUUUCGCCAGGCCAGAAGAUAGCGUGAUGUUGAGGAGGUUGGAGGGAAGUAGUAGAAUCCCUGUUCUGCAAGAUGGGGACGUUGAAGAACAGGUCAACAGUAAGGAUUGGAUCAUUCGCAGGGCUCUGGGUCGCAGGGGAGAUGCUAAGGAUAUUGACUUUGAAAAGUCUGCUGGAACUGAGAUUUCAUUGAGGACCCCCAGGUCUUCUUUCUCCUCCGAUCUAAUUUCACCAUGCUGGUCACAUAGAUCGCAAGGUAUGCUAAAGCUGAAAAGCAUACUAGGUCUAAACUCGUUCGAACAACGCGAUAGGAGCUCCUCCCCUUCCUCCACCGAGCCGCGCACACGGUACCAAAGAAACGCGGAUACCUUUACAUAUCAUUCAGAUGUCUUGGUCGAAAUCGAACAUCGGCGAGAUUGCUUUUUCGAGCAAAUUUGGGGUUUGGUUCAACCGCUUUUGGGCCAGAAGCGGGUGGGCGAUGUAGAAGACAUUGUUAGCCCUGAAAUGCCACAUUAUCGGACGCUAGAGGCGCAGCCUGAAGGGCUGAGGGGACAAUUGAAGUCGUAUCAACUGGACGGACUAGCGUUCUUGCUUUAUCUAAGAGACAACGGCAUCGGGGGUAUCCUCGGCGAUGAGAUGGGCCUGGGUAAAACCAUACAAACGCUGGCUCUCUUCCAACACGUCAAAGAGAAUGGAGAUCUCGGCUGCGAAAAUACCGCGCCAUUCCUGGAAUAUCCACACAGCACACCCAUCCAGAACGAUUUAAAGGAGUUGUGGUCGAUUUUCCGCUGGUUGUAUCCAGGAGUUUUCUUUCCCCAAACAGCUAGGCUUUUUGAGGAUUCUUUCAUCUUGAACGAAGGAAAGGUUGACACAGAUUUCCUUGACCACGUCAAAGCAUUCUUGAAGCUUGUUAUGCUUCGUCGAUCAAAGGACUCUCGCGAGGUAGGACUUGAUAUCCCCCCAAUGAGGGAAACUAUUUUGUCUGUGCCACUUUCUCGGAUGCAGCAUUCAUGGUACAUGGGAAUUCUUACAGGCGUCGACCAACCGGUAAACGAAGACGGCGUCAGCACUCCAUCGAGGGACCACAGCGCCGAACCAGAUUGGCAAGAAGCGUUGUGGAACAACGGUGAUACCUUAUCCCAAUCGACGAUCCGAUUGCCCCAAAUGAGGGAAAAGAGGAAAUACAAGAUUCUGGCAAAUACCCUCAUGGAACUUCGAAAGUGCUCGAUUCAUCCCUACAUGCUACGUGCGGCUAUCCCGGAUUCAGAUCCAUCCGCGAAGGACUUGGUCGCUGUAUCAGGAAAGUUUGUUGUCCUAGAAAAGCUUGUCCGAAACUAUCUUUCCGAAGGAAGAAAAAUUAUCAUAUUUUCGAAUUUCGACCAAGCUUUGAACCUUUGCGAGGACAUGUUGGAAGUGCUCAAAAGCCAGACGAAUUUUGAAUAUGCAAGACUCGACGGCUCAACUUCUAGCGCUUGGCGAAGACUUUCUGUUCACUUGUUCAACAAUGACGCAAGAUACAUGGUCUUCUUGCUUGCGAUUAGGGCAGGUGGCGAAGGGCUCAACCUCGUUAGCUCCUCAGUCGUUGUGUUCCUCGACGAAGAUUGGAACCCGCAGGUGAUGAGACAAGCUGAAGCAAGAGUCCACCGGAUUGGUCAGACUAGGGCAGUUGACGUUUUCAGACUCCACUCGAAAGGUACUGUAGAAGAGCAGAUGGGCCGCCGUUUGCUAAAGAAGGCAUACCUCGCCGACAGAGUCGUUGAGGAUCGGGCGCUCGAUGUUCCCGGGUCACCAACUGAGACCUCAGUUCCGCUGGCGAGAGGUCCAGAAAGCCCAGGGAGGCCGACUUCCUCUGUCGACGAGAAAGAGUGGUUGAAGAGAGCCGAAGGCGUAAAAACGAACAUCUUCAACGGUGCAGUCAUCGACACCACGUCGACAUCCUGGGCGUGGGAUCAUCAAUCAUUCAUGACCCUUAGUCGGGCCGAUCGUCGCAUCGGCAAGCAGAGGACAACAUACGUUGACGAUUGGGAAGUCUUGACGGAAAAUAUAACCAGUGACAAGCGGACAGUCGCUGGCAAAUCCACUCAGGGAAAGGAUAAAAGAACCAUAUCUAAUGAACUGGUAAACUGGGAACAAACUGAGUUUGUCGGGGCCAAUCCAGCAUACCAAGUCCUUGGCCACUACCCGGGAAACAUGUUCUAUGUACGCUGCGUAAAGUGCGCCAAAAAGAGAGACGGACUAUUUGAAGUUGACCGCACUUUGAUUAAACGGCCCAGACUAUUCUGA